CUCGUCAGCUCUUCCGGAUCUGGCUGUGGUUGUUCAUUCGCUAACUUCAGCCAUGUUUUCCCCAGUAUAAUUUGUUUGACAUUUCCUAUAGCAGGAGGUUAGUUUUCUGUUACCGUCGUACAGGCUGCCGUGUUACAUGUUGGCUCUCCUGACAGCCGAGCAGGGCCACUUUCUAGUCAGAAACAAGAGACGAAGGAAGCUGGCGUCUCCUAGCUAGCUAACAGCUGUUGACAUUAACAUUAGCCUUCAGGAGAAAAACGUCGCUGUGAGACAGCCAACCAGGCACAAAGAUUCUAUGACAUACAACUGCCUGCCCCGAUCAGAGGAUGUAUCCGCCUUCCAAAAUGGACUUCAUCUCUCUGACACUCAGUGAUGCACACAGUCACACGUACAACAACGGCAAACACCGGAGACAGUCCUGCUGGAGAAAAUGGAAGCAGCUGUCUAGGCUCCAGCGAAGUCUCAUCCUGUUCCUGCUGGCUUUGCUGCUCAUAUUUGGAUUGCUCUCCUAUCCCAGCAUCACAGAGCAGUGGAGAGGGUUGUCUGACAGGGAGGACUGGUUGGAGCUGAAUGACAGAGAGCUAAAGACCAUUCCUCCAGCUGUGAAGUCUAUAUUGGAACAAGCUGCAGGUAAAGCUCAGGUUCCUGUGGCAGGGCCAGCUGUGGGGCCAGAUGCUUUGGUGGAGCCCAGAGGACCAAAUGUCGCUAUUCUGGCAAAACCUCCCAUUAAGAAAAAGACAUUCCCAGGCAAAAGAGGUCCACCAAGCCUUCAGAAAGAGGGAAACAUGUCAGACACAGAUGGUGGGGAAAAGCAAGAGGUGGUUCAAGAUGGAGGAGAGGAGGAGGAGGACAAAGAAAAGAAGAUUGUCAGCUGGAGAGGAGCAAUGAUCGAGGCCGACCAGACCACAGAGCCUCCGCCCUCAGCCAAUGGGAAAGAAGCUACGCCUCCCCCGGCUAAAGCCAACCCUGCUGACCCUGUCCAACUGGAAGUUUCUGUAAAUGUGGACAGGCUGGAGGCAGUACGUGAUGCCUUCAGACAUGCGUGGAAAGGCUAUAAGGACUACGCCUGGGGUCAUGAUGAGCUCAAGCCUAUCUCCAAGUCUUUUGGCGAGUGGUUCGGACUGGGCUUGACGCUUAUUGAUUCUUUGGACACCAUGUGGAUUAUGGGCCUAAAAGAAGAGUUUGCCGAAGCAAAGGACUGGGUAGAGAAAGAGCUCUCCUUCAGCAAGAAUGUGGAUGUGAAUCUUUUUGAGACAACCAUCCGUGUGCUUGGGGGCCUGCUGAGUACCUACCAUCUAACAGCAGACCAACUCUUCCUAGAGAAAGCUAAAGAUCUCGGGUCCAGGUUGAUGCCAGCCUUCAAAACUCCCUCAAAGAUCCCGUUCUCAGACGUCAACAUUGGGAAGGGAACAGCCCACCCCCCUCGAUGGACGUCAGACAGCACGCUGGCUGAGGUCACGAGCAUUCAGCUGGAAUUCAGAGAGCUGAGCCGCCUCACCCAGGACCCACAGUAUCAGGAGGCUGUGAAUGAGGUAAUGAGGCUGGUCCACAAGCUGCCGGGCAAACAAGACGGUCUAGUGCCCAUGUUCAUCAACACCAACAGCGGCCAGUUCACCCACAAAGGAGUCUUCACACUUGGUGCCAGGGCAGACAGCUACUAUGAAUACCUGCUCAAACAGUGGAUCCAGGGGGGAAAGACGGAAGACGACCUGUUGGAGGACUACCUUCAGGCCCUGGAGGGAGUGAAAAAACACCUUGUGAGACAGACGGGGCCCAGCAGAUUGACCUUUGUUGGAGAGUUAUCCCAUAACCGCUUCAACCCUAAAAUGGACCACCUUGUGUGCUUUCUGCCAGGAACUUUGGCGCUGGGGGCCCACAACGGCCUCCCAGAGGACCACAUGGAUCUGGCCGUGCAGCUCAUGGAGACAUGCCACCAGAUGUACAAACAGAUGGAAACUGGGCUGAGCCCAGAGAUUGUGCACUUCAGCCUACAGGCCAGUGACGGGCGUGACGUUGUUGUCAAGCCUGCAGACAGACACAACCUGCUGAGACCAGAAACUGUGGAAAGCCUGUUCUACAUGUACAGAUACACAAAGGACACCAAGUACAGAGACUGGGGAUGGGACAUACUGCAGAGCUUCAAUAACUACACUAAGGUGUCUGGUGGCGGCUACACAUCCAUCAACAAUGUCCGUGACCCCGUUAACCCCAGGCCCCGGGACAAGAUGGAGAGUUUCUUUCUGGGUGAGACGCUGAAGUACUUGUAUCUGCUCUUCUCUGAUGACAUGGAGCUGCUUAGUUUAGACAAGUAUGUCUUCAACACAGAGGCUCAUCCUCUCCCCAUAUGGCCCUCUCCACCCAAAUGAUGUCAGCACACAGGAGAUAUCUGAAGAGAUCAGGCCCACAGAGUCGUGUGUAAGACUGUUAUUGCCGCUCAUUAGGCGCGUCUCUUAAGCAACCGUCCACGUCGGACUGCUGUGUUGAGCAGUAAAGCAGAUCUGUGCCGUCCACCUGUACCUUUUUUAUACGUGUCUUUGUGGAGGACUUUAUUUUGUUGUUAUUUUUCUCCCUUUUCUUUAUUUUUCCUAAGGAAAAGGUUUGUGUUGGAGCUGGUCUCUAAUGUAAAAAACUUUUUAAAUAUCUAUUCUGACCGGAGACAAGAAAAAAGAUCCAAGUGUGAGGGCUUUAUUAAUUGGUGAGUGGAAUAAUUCUUGUAUGUAUGUGGUAACAACAAUCAUGCCAUUCCUGAGUUUCUCUUUGCCAUGUGAGGUGAGGAGUUCACAAAUUCAGUCAGAUGUUUGAAGGUGCAGUAGCCAACAAAGGAAAUCUGUGGUGCAUGUUCAGCUAAAUUAUAUUUAAACAGAUUGCUCUUGUGGUGGAGUAUUAUUUCUAAAAGUCUUUACUUUGGCAACACGCAGCGCACUUGUUCUAGUAUAAAAAUGGCACAAAAGAAGUUGUUUUUUUUUUUAAAUCCGUUUUGGGAUGUCUGUGUUAAGGAGCAGUGGGCAACUGCAGUGCAGUGUUCAGGGACCAGUUUCAGUUCUGAAGCUAGUGCCUUGCUAAAAAAACAAAUGCCGACUAUUCCUAAAACCUAACGUGCGUGUAUAUAAUGAAAUAAAGACUUUAUGACUAGCAAACUAGCCAUAAUCCACCAAGUAUACAACUGCAGUUACAAAAAAACUUUUAUUUGUGAUGUAUAAUACAUCUAAGCCUGUUUGGUGUGUGGAUGCCUGUCUUUACUCCGUCCCAAACCCCUUUUUUUUCCCUGCUAUCUGUUGAGUCAAUCUUCCAGGUGGCUCAAUAGAUUCCUAUUGCAACUUUUUCAGACUGCGAUUUUCUGGCAAAAAUAGAUUUUACCCGAUGAAGGUUGUCUUCUUUUGAGACCACCACUAAAACACUGUCACAAAGAUGGUUAAGGAACUGUGAAGCCCCAGAAUGCAUUGCACUUACAUUAACUUAAAGCAUUACUUAUUGGACAUCACUGUAGCACAUGUAGCACUGAUUCUUUAAAUACUGAAAGUUUAAAAAGUUAAAGAUGAUGCUUACUGCACGUUCACACCUGUUUUUUUUUUGUUUGUUUGUCUUUUAAGGGAAAUGUGAUUGUUGUUACUGGGAUUCCCGUAGUGUGACUGUGACAGAAUAGUCUUGGGUUUAAGUCAUGCUUAUAUGGCGAAAAGGUUUGAAAGUAAAACAUUUAUAAAGGUCUAAUGAAUGAAUAAGUCCUUAAUGAUUUUCAGUUUGAGCUGGACACAUAAUGACAUUUUGUUGUAUUGAUGAAUGUAUACAUCUGUGUUUUUAGAUUUUUUUUUUUUUCGGCUCAUUCUGGUUUGGAUUAAAUUUGAUAUUGUAUUCACACUGCACAUUCCAUUAUAUGAAGGGGAAUAAAUCAAGGCUGCCAUGCAGUCUUAAAAUUUGCAGUUGCUUUGAAGUUUGAUCAAAAUAACUAACUCAGUACAUUACCAUUUCCUGCGUCAGGGACAAUAUACUCGCAGCUGUUCAUUCAUCCUCUUUUCACAGGCGACUUGCUUAAGAAAUGAAGUUUGUUGAAUUGUUUUCUUCAUACUUGAAGGAGUUUGAUUCAUUGCUGCUAAGCAAUCCCUGACUCCCCGUCAAAUGUGAUGUAGAGCAGUGUGGGAGCUCUUGUUUUCCAUACUCUUAACGUUGACAAAUCAAUCUGAAGGACCUAUCCGGGGUACUGUAGGUGCUGCUUUGAAGAUGGCAGGAUCCACAUUGUUAUUCUACAAUCACUUUCGAUUCUGGAUCAUUUUGGAUCGGUUUUUCUGCCGUCAGUGGUUUAAAACAGACUGUCAAUUUCAUGUUUUAACAGUUUCAUUUUGUUAAUGAACUUCUACCAGACAGCCAUAUACUGACCCACAUCUUUGAAUGUGCACUACAUUUGCCAAUGCUCUGCUGUGCCUAUUGAAAUGUAUAUUAUGCUACAGUGGUUUCUGUUAUUUUUAUUGCUGCUGUAUCAGUGGUGUGAAUUUGUGAAGUGCUAUGAGUGAAAGUUAGACUUAUGUCUUUAUGUAUUUUUGCUUUGGUUGGGUGGAUGACAAAAGAAUAUGGGUGUAAAUAUUUUGUGUGAGUUGUUUCUAACUUGUCUACUGAAUCCAACCUGUGUCUGCUGAUUACUGAGCCCUUUCUGGUUUUAACAUUCUAUAUGCCAUCUUGUCAAAAAAAGUUUCUGCUUUAAGAAGGUAACUUUUUGUUUUGACACUACUUUUUACAGUGGUUGUUUUUGUAUUUUUCAUGGCAAUCCGUCCAAAUGGGAACCUCAUGGUGGCGCUAGAUGAAAGGUCAGGGGAUCACCAAAGUCAUUACGAUAUAUCUUCUGGAGACCAUGCAUGUCUCUAUAGAAUAUUGUGGCUACCCAUCAAAUAGUUUUUGAGAAAUUUCAAUCAGGACAAAAGUGGUCAACCUACUGACCCACAGGCCGACGUUGCUGCCCAUAGAGCCAUGUUGUUAGCGUGGAUAAAUGUGACAAGACAUAAGGUCUGACUCCUGUUUAAUUUCUAUAUUCGCUCACAUGCUGUGGGUAAUUUGUUUUGCUGGAGUUCAAUCCUGUAAGCAUCUGGCAUUAAUGACAGUUUAUGUAGACUGAUGUCUGAUAAUUGAGUGAUUUUUCUUACCACAAGGGGGAAAAAUGAAAUUGAAAAAGCUUUUUUGUGAGGACAUCUGUAUUACAACUUGAAAUUGGUUCAUUCACAAUGUUUAAUGGUUUAUUAAGCUAAUUUAUUAAUCUUUCCUGGUGCAUACAAUGAUUAAAUAAGAUUUAUUACAGUGCUAUCUUAGGACGGUGGAGCCACAAAUGCAUUUAAAAGUUUAUCUAUUAGCCUGAGUGUUUGUAUGACCACAUUCAAACCAAAGGUCCUAACAUCUAGUGUGGGUGGUUUGUGUGACUUUCACAGAAAAACAACUCUGGGUACUUUUUAAAUACAUUGCUGCCUUGUAAAAUUGCCACCAUAUUUACAGACUGAAGUCCAUCUCUGAAAGUGGCUGCAGAUGCUUAAUUAGAAAUUCCAGUAAAAGCUAAAGCCAUCCCAUCACCAGAUAAAAACGCAUUAGAUGAGAAAACCAAAUUGAAUCACACUGUGGAAAUCAGCCAUACCUCUUUACCAAAGUGAGUUUGAUUUGGCAAGUGUAAUAUUCUCAAUUUAUACACAACUAUAUCAGCCAGAAAUGUUUCACACUUUAAAGGUUAGGGCAGGUGUUAUUCUAUAUUUUUAGUUGACAGACCUAUGUGUUCAACUUCCCCAUCUCCACCUGAGGAUCUUCAAUAAUGCUCAUUAAUAUAUAGUUUUUAACAAAUGUUACUCAAACAGGAGGAAAUAGAAGAUUUAUUAGGGACUAUGUUCAGUGGCGAAUUAAUACCAACUUUGUGAUCUAGUCAAUAUUUACUGCAGCAGGACAGUAUGUGGAGGCAGAAUUUAUAUGAUAAAAAAAAAAGCAGCUUUGUUUUUGUACUAGAACUAUGUUCUGUAUCCACAGAGGAUAUGGAAUCUGUGAUGUCAACACAAAAAUCACCAGAAAAGAUUCCACUACAUUUAAUAACAGUGCUGUAGAAAUAAAAAUGCAGUGAAUGUCUGGGUCUUUACAUUGGUCAGAUACUGUGCUCUCUCCAUAUAAUUACCUCUGUUAUCUGUGGCAGAAAACAGCCUUCAUGUCAGUUAUUCCUGAUCAGUGUUUUGUGUUCAGAGACUGACUGUAGCCAGAAUGAUAAGACCAGAAAUAACUAAUUUAGCUCCACGGUCAGCUCCCACAGAAGAUGUUUAAAUUCACUCUGCUUUGUCAUUUCUUUUUCUAAUUAUUUCACGGCUGAUUCUUUGACAUUAAAGUGUUUUUUUUAAAGGAAAUUGAGCAGUAUAAUCCCUUUUUUGAUAUAUAAAUAAAUGUAAAAGUAGUCAAAUUGAUUCUUGAGGUUGGAUUGCGAAAUCUUUUUUAAACACAUGGAGGGUGUAGGCUUUAAAAAUACAGUAUGUGUUACUGUACAAAGCAUUUUGUCCUAUUCAACUCUUGUAUUAGCUGAUUGGCCGAAUCUUCCACUUGUGAUGAUUAUGGCAAUUAUUAUUAAUGUGAUUAUUACUGAAUCCAAGCCAUAGCAAAAUGACAACUCUACUAUUUUACAUGGAUAUGGCAGACAUGUAAAAUAGUGCCUGCGGGGGUUCCUGCUUCAUUGACUUUGACCCUGGGUCAGGGACCAAAGACAUGGAUCAAUAUUGUUUUUGCUGGUACAAUUGAUUAAUUGAGCCAUGCUAGAAAAAACAUCUUGACACAGCGAGUCUCGAGUCAAUAACCCUUCUGCAUAUUUUGAAGACAUGCUGACAUCCAGGGUAUUUAUGUUAAUUUUGGUAAUUAUUCAGUUGCAGCUUUUAUAUAAAAACUAAUGAGUUCAGUUUUGAGAGCUGACACAGAUUUAGCAGUUUCUCGUUUUUGUCUGUACAUUUUCAUGGUGUUUUGUAUGCAAAAGUGUCUUAUCUGCCAUUUAUCAAAUCCACAUUCACUGUACAGAUGACUGAUUGAGCACUUGGUAACUCAAGUUGUGGCUUAUUGCAGUGUUCACCAAAUUCAAACUUUCUUUCUGCAAACAAAUUUUUAAAUAAAGCUUUCCAAUGACUGUU